AGAUCCUGAUGCUCGAUGAUGGAGAGGAGAGAGGAGCGGUAAGUGUGAGGUAGCAGCAUGUCUUGGUCGACAGGGUUGUUCUCUUGCUGGGACGACUUCGAAACCAUGAUGAACGGGACUGUUCUGUGCGGCGCAACCGUGUGCUUGAUGUCGGUAAACAACAGUGUUGACAUGAACGGAGGAAGACCGAGCUGUAACAUCCCGACGAGGAGGUUGUGGAGGGUCUCGAGGGACUGCGGAUGCUCGGAGAGGGAUACAGCCAUGCUCAUCAACAGCCUGCUCUGCGCCAUGUUCCCUUGCAUGGGCAUGUACUGGAGGAAGCAGAUCCGAGACGCGUUCAGCAUCCAGGGCAGUAUGUCAGGAGACUGCUUCGCUUGCGCCUGCUGCUUCCCGUGCGCGGCCAUGCAGGAAGCGAGGGAGAUCAAGAAGCGAGGAGGAAGCGUCAAUGCCCCCGUGCAGAUUCAGAUGAGCUAGAGAUCACGCGCUCGACUCGACAUGCUCCCAGGCCCUGCAGCAGCAGCAUGUCAGGUCGGCCCCAACAAGUCUCCUCGUGCUCACAGUCGAUGGAGGUGACUGUCUAGCUCCAGCUGGAUGUCUCGCCAUGCGCCUCGAAGAGCGUCGAGCUUUGUCCUCCUCAUCUGCGGGAGAAGUCACGCGACACGAGAGGAGGAGGAGGGGGAGAUCAGGGACACGUCAGACACGCAGGACAGAGAGAUAGCAACGUAGGAGCGAAGAAGGACAGGCUGAUGUCAGAAUCACCUUGUCUGCCUGGAUGAAUGCUUCUCGUUUACGAUGAGU